AUGGUUUUCUCCUGGAAUCGCAACCGUCAGGAUACUGCGACCGCUACAAAUCCCGCCAACGAAAACAUAUCCAUUUCUAACUUACUCAACCUACCCGCCGAGAUACGGAUCCGCAUCUUCUCACAUCUCAUUCAGGUAGCACCAGCAACUUCAAUCCCACAUCGUGCAGCCGCUCAUGAGCAAGGCUACACAAGCGGAGUCGGACACGUAAACUCUGUGCAAUAUGGCACAACAUGGCGAUCCGUCACAAUCGCAAAACCCCCAGGUUUCGCUCUUACCGCACCCGCCAUCCUCCGGGCCUCAAAAUUAAUCCACAACGAAGUCAUGGAUUUACUCUACAGCAAAAUGCUCUGGGUGAUCAAUAUCCAAGAUCUUCGACCUAGUUCUCAGGUCCCUUUUGGAUCGGACGACAAAACAAAUGGCAUUGUCGCUUCGCCUGAGAAGAAAUCCAUGUUUUUGCAAUGGAUUGACCAUGUGCAUGUCAGGCAACAUAUUCGGCCUGAGGAGGAUUUGAUACAGAAGGCGCAAACACUAAGGUCUCUUUUGGAUUGUUUGAACGUUCAUCGGAAGUCUUUGCAGGUUACGUUUCAUUUCGAUUCUAUUCAUCUGGUCAACGAUCCGGAGUACCCGCGGGAGAAGAAAGCGGAAUAUAAUUGGAAGUUGUAUGAGAAUGAGUUGAGGCGUAUGGAUCUGGGUGCGACACCGCAUUUUCGGGUUAGUUCGUAUUGGUUGGAGUCGGAAGGAGAAGAGAGGUUUGCGCAGUUGGCGGCGAGUGUAGGAGGUGAAAUGAACAGUCGAAGCUACAUAUAUUGGUGA